AUGGUCGUUGGGAUAAGUAAACGCCAGCAGUUUCGCAAUGAGAGGGCGCUACAAGACCUCGUCCGGUCGGUCCCGGGUAAUGACCGUUGCGCUGAUUGCGGCGCUCUGAAUCCAGGAUGGGCAAGCUGGAAUAUGGGAAUAUUCCUGUGCAUGCGAUGUGCUGCGUUGCACCGCAAAUUGGGCACCCAUAUCUCCAAGGUCAAGUCCUUGACUAUGGACAGUUGGUCGUCUGAUCAGGUUGACAACAUGAAAUCCCACGGCAACAAUAUCAUGAACAAAAUUUUCAACCCCAAAAACGUCAAGCCUCCAGUCCCAACCGAUAUCGACGAGAGUGACUCGUGCAUGGAACGAUACAUCCGCCAGAAAUACCAACAUCGAUCACUCGAGGACGGCAAGCCCAAGCCCCCUAGCCGUCAUGAUUCCGGUUACACCAGAUCCCCUGAAGGCUCGCCCCCACCUCUCCCUCCGAAAACUGGGAAGUUCUUUGGAUUUGGACUCCGUGGGUCGUCUUCUACCUCGAAUCUCCGUCGAUUCUCUACCAGCAAACCGACUUCACCGCGAUCGCAGGGACAUGGGUCGCCUCCUCCGCCGGUUCCCGUUAAUACGGCCUCGCAAGGCAUUGGUGCCUCGAUUGGAGAUAUGGGUACGCCUUCGUUUGAGUCGAAAUUGGCUACGUUGAGAGAGAUGGGAUUUCCCGAUGACCGACGAAACGCGGUUAUCCUGCGGGGUCUGGGCGGCAACAUGGAGAGGACGAUUGAAUCCUUGACGAGAUUAGGUGAAGGCUCAGGUGCCUCAACGCGUCCAAUUUCACGGGCGAGGACCCCGAAUCCAACCUCGACCUCCAUCGCUGCUCCCACUUCGCCACCCAGAGCAACGACUUCUUACAACCCGUUCGAUCAAUUGGAUUCGAAGCCAGCCAACCAGCCUAGCGGGCAGUCGUACAAUCCGUUCGAUGUGCCAAAUGCGCAACCUCAGUCUGCGACUCUGGAGGCCUCGUUCCAGAACCUCCAAGUCUCGCAGCCGUUGUUCCCGCACUCGACGGGUGGAUAUCCGCUUCCGAAUCGCCAGAACUCGCUCCCUCAGCCUCUUUACCAGUCUGCUACUCCGGUCUCAGCGACAUUUGCACAAAACGGAUUUGUUGCGUCUCCGCAGACGCAGACGUUUGACGGCGGAAACAACCCAUUCUUCCAGUCGGCUCCCCAGCCGCAGCCGCAGCCGCAGCCGCAGCUCCAGGCCAACAACGCGAGUCCGUUUACGAGUCAAUUCCCGAAUAACACUACUCAGAACAAUCCUUUCUUUAACCAACUUACACCGCAAUACACCUCUGUGCAGCAGCCUCAGCAGAAUCAGUCUGCAGGAGUGCCGCCUGUUCCGUCCCUCCAGCAUGCGAACACGAUGCCAAAUACAUCGUCUACCUCGCCAUUCGGACAGCCAUCGCCAUUCCUGCAGCCGCAGCCGCAGCAGCAAUCGCAACAACAGCAACAGCAACAGCAACUAUUGCAACCGCAGGCAACCCCGCUGGGCCAGUCGAACCCCUACAACCCAUUCCAGUCAAUGACUGCACCAAGCAGUCCGCAAAACCCAGGCUUCCAGAACCAAUUCCAGCCGCAAGCACAGCAACCGCAGCAGCCACAGUUCCAAUCCCAACUCCAACAACAACAACAACCGUUCCAAACCCAACCGACCUCGCAACAUCUCGUCCCCCAAGCCACUGGUCGCGUGGACAAAGGCAGCAUCCUCUCCCUGUACAACAUGCCUUCUCCAACCCCGACCCUCGCCCAACAACAACAACAGCAACAGCAACAACAACAGCAACAGCAACAACAAGCAAAUCUCAGCCCAGUCCCCGGCCUAAUCCCCUCCCUCGGCUCAACCCCUCAAACCCAACCAGCAUCCAACAUCACAACCCCCCAACAACCACAACAACCCCUCUCCGCCGGCCUCCCCCAAACCCAAACCGGCUCCCGAAACCCAUUCAUGUCCUCCCCGCCAGCUUCGGCACCGUCAACACAGCCUGAUUUCGGCACCUCGCCGUUCAACACGCAACCGCAGCAGUUCCAGCAACAACCCUUCCAAACCCAGCCACAGGCACAGCAACAGACACAAUCCGGCCUAGGCAUUGGAAUGGGAAUGAACAUGGGAAUGGGCAUAGGCAUGAAACCCAGCGGUCCGCCGCCGUCGUCGCCGAACAAUAUGGGUUUUACACGGAGCCACAUGAGUCAGCAGAGCGUUGAUUUGAAUGGGCUGCAGAAUGGCCGGCAUAGUCCCGAUGCGUUUGCGAGUUUGAGCGCGCGGUAUGGGUAA